GUUUCACAUCAAGGCGAGAGAUCAGAAUUGUGCGUGGACGUGUAUAAAGAAGCAGCAGAAGAAGCAGAAGCAGAAGCAGAAGAAGAAGCAGAAGUAGGAGACUGGAUACGAUUUGUGUGUAUCAUCCGAUGUGACCAUGGCUGCUUCUUCCAGGUCGUGUAUCGUGGUGGUGGCUCUGGUGUUUAUAUACGUGGUGUAUUUGUUAAUCGGAGCUUCUGUGUUUUCGACUCUGGAGAAGCCUCUGGAGGAGAAAGUUCGGGCCGAGAUGUUUCUCCUCAAACAAGAGCUUAUUAACAACACGAGCUGCAUUAACAUCUCCACACUGGACAGACUCUUAGAGAAACUCAUAAAUGCGAACAAAUACGGAGUGACACUUGGGCAAAACACCUCCGAGAACUCGAACUGGGACCUGGCGUCAGCUUUGUUUUUCUCCAACACUCUGGUUACCACCAUCGGUUAUGGCCACACCACUCCACUGUCUGAUGGGGGGAAAGCGUUCUCCAUUGUGUAUGCUUUAAUUGGUGUCCCCUUCACCAUGCUGGUGCUUUCCGCAUGUGUGCAGCGCCUAAUGGUGCCGUUGAACCUGCGGCCAGUGGCGUCCUGGUGUCGGAGGUUUGGAUGGCAUCCUCACACUGCCAGCACCAUACACUUUGUCCUCCUGCUCUUUCUGGUCAUUGUGAUGUUCUUUUUGGUGCCAGCUAUUGUUUUCAGCAUCAUCGAGGGCUCAUGGUCAUUUCUGGAGGCUUUUUAUUUCUGCUUCAUCUCCCUUUUUACCAUCGGGUUAGGCGAUUUUGUCCCAGGCGAGCAGCCCAUUCAGAAAUUACGACCACUCUACAAGAUCUCUGUUACGAUCUACCUCUUUUUAGGUUUGAUGGCAAUGUACUUUGUCCUCCGUUCUUUCCAUAAACUGGCUGAUGUUCAGGGAUGGACAGCAUUUUUCCAUUUGCCCAGCCUUGAUGAUGAAGGUGAAGAAGACAAUGAAAGCACCUCUGAAGAACAUAACGUGUGUGAGAGGGACAGAAAGCCACUGGAUCCAAACGCUCGUGUCUCCUACAACUCCAUCAGUAGAUAGACACCUCCAGACUGACGCUAUGACCACUGAGCAGUGGAGAAUGAGGGAAGUGUAGAGUGUGUGUGUGUGUGUGUGUGUGUGGGGGGGGGGCUUUAAUUUUGCUUUAUUUUUUUUUUUUCAGCUUUAAUUUUGCAAACCAGUGCAAUAUUAACAUGUAUUGAUGCACACUUUCUUCAUGGUUUGUUGUUCUGGAUCCAGAGUAGAACUGAUACAGGGGAACUGGGUUGUUUCAUGUGCUUAUGUUUUUCUUGACUAUAUUUUCAUGUUAAUUUGUGUUUUUGUUUUUGUUUUGGUUUUUUUUCUAUUGUAACCAAAACACGCAAUUACUUUUAGUUUUUUCAUUUGAACCACAUUACAUUUUGCUUUGAAGCCAGGGGGGAUGACCGUAUCAGCUAUGACACUUUUUUUUAGUUUUAAUACUUGUUGGCUGUUUGGACCACUUGUUUUUUUAUUAAUCUGAGAAACAUGUUGCUGUCUUUCCAUUUAGUCCUUGGUUCUUGGGUGCAUUUUGGAAAAACAUACUAUUUAAAGGUAUUAGAUGUGGACAUUUAACACAGUGCAAUAUCAGUCACUCUGUAUGGAGUUGUGUUUCUCCACUUACACGGUUAAGGAAGCAUCUUUGAUCUGAGGCCUGCUGUUUUUGUAGGACCUCUUUGUAAUCUAUGCAACAGUUAAAAAUUAAUAAAAAUUAGAAAUCCUUUUA